AUGGGUGAAGAUGAUGAUGAAGAAGAUACGGCGGCCUGUGCCGCUUUGGAGGAAGCUAUACGGCAAGAAGAGGCCCUGAUACGAUGCUACGAAUCAGAGUUAAGAAUGCUGAAGCGAGAAGAACGACGAAAACAAGAGAAACAGCAGAGAGCCCAGGACGACGAUAAGGACAGGGUCCCAUUGGAAGACCUGUUGUUACCUCAAGACGCUCCUGCUGUGGCGUGGAAUCUGGAAGCAGCCAUGGAGGACAAGAUCAAGACAGAAUGUUGGGAGCUGACGCAAGCCAUACAAGGAUUUGUCGUGGAUUCUGUGGAGAGCCGUGCUCCACACAAUGACGUCUCGAUUGGCCAAAACGAUAGCAAGACUCUUUCGUCAUAUAGGAUACAAGGACACUUUUGCAUGGCUACGAAUGUGUCCGCCACAAUCCACUUGACCACGGAACAGAUCCCAAAUCGCAACAACAGCACGACUGCUUCCACUUCAAAAACCACAAGCAACAGCCGAAUAAUCCGCUUGGAAGGAACUUUGACCAAAGCAGGGAAACGUUGGACUCAAGCGGAGGAGCAAGUAUCGGCAGUCACCGCUCGACACUGCCAAAACAACAAUAUGGCGGAUUGGAUUCGCCGACUGGGUGAUUUCUUGCGAUUUGAAAUCCAACAGACUAGAGCACUCGCUAAAUGGGAGGCUCUGUACAGAAUCAGCAACAAUAAUCUUUGGUCACGGUCUGAUGAUUCUAUCAGUGUUGACUUGCAUCCUGGGGAUAGCCACGCACCAACUUUUACGUGGCAGUGGGAUUGGGAAUCAGAGAAGGAUACCGUUAGCAUGAAGAAAUUGUCCAGGGAAUACGACAAGGAGGGCAGUGAUGCUGACAAUGAUAGCGAUGUAUCCAGUCAUCCAAGUCCACAGGGGUUGAAGGAUCUGGUCGAGCAUGCAGGAAGUUGUGAACGGGCUCUGGAGUUGAUACUGGAAACAAUGUUGGCUGGUUGA